AUGCAUAACAUCCUCGACCAGGGCGUGAAGAAGCUCUCCAAACACCUCUGGCCGAACAAGACUGUGCCCGUCAACUUGACUAACCCACUUUUACCUGAAGAUCAUAAAAAAUUACUGAGAUAUUCAAUGCAAUAUGUUAACAACCACACCUGCCUACGCUUUAUGGAGUCUAAGAAGAUCAAUACGUAUCACCAACUGGUGGUGAUGCCCACUGAGGAGAAAUUUUGCUCCAAUACGAUCGGGUACUUACCCAGCUCCUCUCUCCAGCAGCUGAUGGUCAUAGCUCCCUCCUGUUGUGUCUCCAACUGGCACUUGAUCCACGAGCUGUUGCUUGUGGCUGGCCUCUACCCAGAACAAAGACACUUCUACCGCGAUAAGUACAUCGAUGUCCAUGAGAAAAAUAUAAAGCCAAAAUAUCGUGGUAGUUACAAGAAGCUCGAGGGUAACUUAGGCUUGCUCAUGACGCAGGGUCUUCCUUACGACUACAUGAGCCUCAUGCACUUCCCCCAGGGCGCCUUCGCCCUCAAUAAAUCUCUCCCAACAAUGACGGUAAAACAUUGGCUUAUUGGCACUCUAGGUCAGCGACAAAUAAUCAGUGCCACUGACGUGGCACGUAUCAACCGUUUAUAUGGGUGUUGGAACUAUUACACCGGCGACGACAUCAAUGGCGCUGUGCCCUACAAGAUUUGGAACAGCACGCUCAUGUCUAUUUGA